AUGGCGCAUCACAUAGAAGAUCGCUGGCUCUGGCUGGGCUUAGGCGUCUUCACCUUCUUCGCAGUCAAAGGCGUAGCCCACGGCCUCCGCCGCAUCGUUGCUCUCACAGAAGUCCACAAAUCGCCUCCCCCAAUCCCACCAAACCGCACCGAAGACGCUAUCAAAUCCUCGUCACUUGCGACCCUAGCGACGUGCGAAAAUGUAGAGAUACGCAAGGCAGCCACCAAGAUCUUACUUGACCGCUUCAUUGCGCACCCUUCCGCAUACAAACACCUAGUCCGCGAUGCGAGCUCCCGGAACGAAGAGUGCAAGCAUGCUGCGUACAUAGCGUUCAGUUUGCUCGAAGAGUACGGCUACGUGGCGCAUCAGUAUGGGGUGCCGCCACCCACACCUGCUACUCCACAGACGCAUCGCGCAACGAGAAGGGAGUGGUUGAGGGAAGGGCCGACAAGGCUUGGGUUGGAUGGAGAUAUCGAGGAAAGGGACUUGAGGAGGCGGAGAAGAGAGGCUAUGGUGAUCAAUGAGGGUGACCGUCCGGUUAGCCAGGAGGAUGUGUGGAUGAGGGACGGAGAGGGUCGCUUGAGUACCGAAGAGCAGGCGCGACCGCGAACUGGAUUCGAGUCCUGGCAAGCAUUGGCAGUCCCACGGAGAGUGACUGAAUCCAGUGACGGGCGAGCUGGUUAG